AUGUCGCAACGACUCUCACGAACAUCACAGCGACUAUGGUCGAACGGUGGUCGAGUCGCAACGCCAAGAUGCUCUAGAACACGCCGUGCUGGAUACGCCACGGUCUCAUCCGUCCCAAAGACACCCAUGAGUCGAUUUGAAAAUGAUCGGUUCAUAAACUUUGAACAACUUGAUGCCAACAUCAAACUGAUCAGAGAACGACUCGGGAGACCAUUGACAUAUGCCGAGAAGGUUCUCUACAGUCAUCUUGACCAACCUGAAUCAGCGACAAUUGAGCGGGGAGUGUCAAAUCUGGAAUUGCGACCUAGCCGAGUAGCUUGUCAAGAUGCGACAUCACAAAUGGCCUUGCUGCAAUUCAUGACGGCUGGAUUGGACAAGGUGGCGGUUCCAACCACGAUCCAUUGUGACCACCUCAUCACAGGCAGGAAAGGUAACGAUGUCGACCUUGCUGUUGCUAUAUCUUCGAGCAAGGAGGUUUUUGAGUUCCUCGAAAAAGCCUCCCAAAAGUACGGCAUCGGGUAUUGGGGCCCAGGAGCCGGUAUCAUCCACCAGGUGGUGCUGGAGAACUAUGCAUACCCUGGAGGUUUGAUGAUCGGGGCCGAUUCCCAUACCCCCAAUGCCGGUGGAUUGGGUAUGGCCGCGAUAGGUAUUGGAGGUGCUGAUGCGGUCGAUGUCAUGUCGGGCCAAACCUGGAGCUUGAAAUCACCUAACAUUAUCGGUGUUGAGCUGACGGGCAAAUUGUCCGGCUGGGUGGCACCCAAAGACAUUAUCCUGGACAUCACCAGACGACUCACGGUAAAAGGAGGAACUGGCUCCAUCAUUGAGUAUUUCGGACCAGGGGUCAAUACGUUGUCCUGCACAGGCAUGGCGACGAUAACCAAUAUGGGCGCGGAGACCGGUGCCACGACAUCCAUCUUUCCUUAUACCGAUGCCAUGGGAGCUUACCUGAACGCCACUGGCCGGGGCUACAUUCGUGACAGGGUGCAGCAGCGACUGCCCAAUGUCCGGGCCGACGAGGGCGCCGAGUAUGACCAGGUGAUCAAACUCGACCUCUCCGAACUCGAACCGCGGAUCAACGGACCGUUCACGCCAGAUCUGUCGACUCCUGUGUCCAAGUUUGGACAGUUUGUGACGGAAAACAACUGGCCACAACUUACUGCAGGUCUCAUUGGGUCGUGCACGAAUUCGUCUUUCGAAGACAUGAACCGAGUUGCCAGUCUGGCUAAACAGGCUCUCGACGCAGGCAUCAAGCCCAAGAUUCCCUUCAUCGUCACCGUCGGCAGUGAACAGACACGUCGAACACUCGAAAAGGCUGGGAUCGUCGACAUCCUGAAGCAAUCAGGUGCGACCAUCCUGGCCAAUGCUUGCGGUCCUUGCUCAGGGUCGUGGGCCCGAGAAGAUGUACAAAAGGGUGUUUCCAAUUCGGUGAUUUCCUCGUACAACCGUAACUUCACCGGUCGCAUCGACGGAAACCCCGAGACCAAGAGUUUCCUCGCGUCACCAGAGAUGGUCAUCGUAAAGACCUUUGCCGGCGACCUCAAGUUCGACCCAAUCAGAGACACCAUCAAAACGCCCGACGGGAAGGACUUCAAGUUCGAGCCUCCAUUUGGAUCGAGUCUCCCCACUCAAUACGAAAACGCAGAUGCCACGUACAAAGCACCCACGGACAACGUGUCUGGAGAGGUGUACAUCGACCCAGACUCCGAACGUUUGCAGCGUCUUGAGCCGUUCCGCGCCUGGUCCGGCGAGGACUAUCACGACUUGCCCAUCCUGGUGAAAGUCAAGGGGAAGUGUACGACGGACCACAUCACCCCUGCUGGGCCUUGGUUUCGAUUCCGAGGUCACCUCGAGAACAUCUCGGAGAACACGUUGAUCGGGGCGACGAACGCGGAGAACGACCAGGUGAACUCGGUGCGCAACGUGUUUACGAACGAGUUUGGCCCCAUCGCGCAGACGGCCAAGGACUACAAGGCUCGAGGGCAGCAGUGGGUAAUCAUUGGAGAUUCGAACUACGGCGAGGGAUCAUCCAGAGAACACGCGGCUCUUCAGCCUCGCUUCUUGAACGGCGUCGCCGUCGUUGCCAGGAGCCUGGCUCGCAUCCACGAGACCAAUUUGAAAAAGCAGGGCCUCUUGGCUCUGACGUUCGACGACGCCGCCGACUACGACCGCAUCCAGCCUCAGGACCGUAUCAGUCUCGUUGGUCUCAGCGAGCUGCGGCCCGGUCACCAGGUCACAAUGCAGGUGCGGAGACCAGACGGAUCGUCAUGGUCGUGCCAGCUGAACCACACUUUGACCGACGCCCAAGUGCAAUAUUUCAAGCACGGGAGUGCGUUGAAUUAUAUGGGUCACGUCAGCAAGAGUACGGCAGCUGGGGAGGCGUCGGCGUAG